CAGUGUCGUGUCGAGUCAAGUAAAUGUCAUCAAAACGUGUGAAGUUAUUCGGUGUUUAUAGCGUUUUGUAUCCAAUCUUCUAAUACUCAUAUUUAAAUUUUAAAUACCAUAUAGUUACAAUUUUUGUUAUUAGAUUUAACGUGUUAAAUUAAAUCAAUAUGUCUUCAUGGAAAAAGGCCGCAAAGGCUAACCAAAAAACGCACAAGGAACGACAUCAGCCUGAUUCUAGAAAACAUUUGGGAUUAUUAGAGAAGAAAAAAGAUUACAAAAAGCGUGCUGAAGAUUAUCAUGAGAAGGGCGAGACACUUAAACUGUUACGCAAGCGUACGUUGGACAAGAAUCCAGAUGAAUUCUACUUUCAUAUGGUUAAUUCAAGAGUCAAGGAUGGGGAGCACCAUGAGCUGGAGAAGGAGGAAGAGCACAGCGUGGAGCAGAUCAAACUGAUGCAGACACAGGACAUAAAGUACAUCAAUAUGAAGCGCACCAUGGAGAGCCGACGCAUCGAAAGGCUGCAGUCUCACUUGCACAUGACAGAUGUAGUGGAUGCAACACGCAACACUCACAUAUUCUUUGUGGAUGAAGGAGAGGAGAAGAACUUUGACUUGGCCAAGAGACUGGACACUCAUCCCUCACUUAUAAACAGAAAGUCCAACCGCCCCAGACUAUCGGAUUUGAACAAGAUUACAUUGCCAUCAGUUGAUGAACAGGUUGUAAAAGAAUCAACAAAAGCAAAACUAAAGGCAUAUAAGGAGCUGUCAAAGAGGAUAGAGCGGGAGAAACAGCUGACAGUUGUACAACAGAAGAUGGAACUGAAGAGACACCUCCAUGAUGCCAAGAUCUUGAAGCCCAAGAGAAUACGUCCAGGUACAAAAGUGUCGGCACCCGUCUACAAGUUUCAAUACAUAAGGAAGAAAUAAACUAUUCCGUGUUAUUUGUAUUUUUAAUUUCAUAAUAAAUAGUAUAGAGGUACAACAUAAAAUACAAUUUGUUCACUUA